CGGGAUGAUUGACAGGAGUAUGGAGUACCUGGAAAUCAGUCGCUUGCGGAGCGCGUCAGCCAGAACGAUGUGGACUCUGAAGCGGGGUCGAAAACAGUGAAACCAUCUCCAGGAAUACCGCUAAAUCUGUCGCUCCGCUAGACUAAAACAACUCUACACACCCGCCAGCUCCAUUGGAUGUAUAUAAAGAAAACCGGGAAAGGAUUAUAUAGUACAAGACUUUAUUUUUCGCCGCAACGCUGACCGAGAUAUCGGCCUCUCGCAGUCCCAAUGCUGUGCUCGCGUGAAAGAGAAAGGAUGAGUGUUUGAUUUCGGCUUCGCAUCGGCUUCCUCUCGUUUUCCCGGCCCGUCUGUGUGUUUGGACGUACUAUGGUGGACUCCAAUGCAAUGAGGAAGACUUUUGUGGUCCCGGACAUCAAGCCAUUGGAUCAGUAUGACCUGACCAGAGCCAGGAUCUGCGCCAGUGUCGGGUGGCUGCUGGCGAAAUCCUACAGCAAUGCAGAGAAUGUCCCGGUGGAGCUGCGAGACCCGUUCUAUUGUGAUCAGUAUGAGCAAGAGCACCUGAAGCCCCCUGUUACGCGUCUGCUGCUGUCUCCUGAACUCUACUGUCGCACUUAUGGUCUUCUGCUGGGUGGGAGCCCGGGGGCCGAGGGGCCGCCCAAAGACAUCCCAGCACUCUUACAGCUCCUGGGCCGAAAGGGCUUGGCACCCAAAGACCAGAAUGUACCAGUGACAGAGUCAGAGCUCCGACAGAAGCCCAUCAAAAUGAGUGCCCACUUGGAGUUGAUAGAUGCCUUAAUGGCAGUGGGUGCCAUGGAGACGGUGAGCACAGUCUUGGCGAGGAGCGGAUCGGAGUUAUUGGGUACAGAUACGACAUGGGACAGAGCCCUGCUUUGCUGGGUGAAGAUGCUGAAUCAAAAAUUGAAGGAACAAACUGAAGGUACACAAAUCGACACAUCUCAGUCUGCUGAACCACAGCCUGUUCAACCCUCGUGUCCCACCCGCUGGUACUGGAAACUUGUUCCUAUCCGGUACAGGAAGGACAGGAUGCAGUCUAAGCUCAAACCUUGUUUUCCUGUGGUAAACGAAGUGAAGGAUCUCUCAAACGGAUGUGCCAUUGCUGCUGUUAUUCACUAUUACUGUCCUAGUCUACUGAGAUUAGAAGAUGCAUGUAUGAAGGACUCCAUGACUGUGGCUGACAGCUUGUACAACCUACAGCUGAUUCGAGAGUUCUGUGACAGUUGCCUGAAGAGCUGCUGCCCUCUAGUGUUGGAAGAUUUACUCUACAGCCCCUCAGAAUUAAAGACAAAUAUACUAAGCUUUCUGGCAGAGCUCUUAUAUUGGUUUGAGGUCUCAAAGCCAGAGUUUGUUCAGCCCCUGCAGGACUCAGUGACUGAAACUUCUGGAAAGAUCAAUAAUGGGAACAGUGGAUCCAGCAAUGGUGGAUCACCUUCUAUCUUCAAAAAGCCUUUCCUCCCCAUCUCUUCCCCUGUGACUGUAGCAACAGGAUCUCUGACUCAGUCUACCUCAAUGUCUCAUGUAGAGGCAGCAGGACGAUCAUGGAGUAAGAAACCACUUAGUCGUCCGCUGUCUGCUGUGUCCUUCAGUAUCCCCUUUGGUCUGGAUAGUGAUGUGGACAUUGUAAUGGGGAACCCUGUUAUUACUCGGUCUGUCAGCUCGGACAAUCUCAACCCUGGUGGCCAAUCCAUGACACGUGUCCCCUACACGCCUCCAGAGGACCUUAGCCACUUGCUGAGUAAGGCCCCUGGGCCUAAUGGCCCUCAGAGAGCUUCCUGGGGUAUUCGAACUCGUCCAAUGCUGGCUGAAGAGAAUGGCAUUGAGGAAAGUGAGACGGGAGAGCUUCCAACCAUUGAAGAGGCUCUGCAGAUCAUCCACAAUGAAGAGAAGAUGGAGCCUCGCCUUCACCCUGAGGGGGCACCCGAUGGUUUCUAUCUGCAUUCACCAGAUGAUCCAGCUAACGCAAGACUCAAUGGCAGCCCAGUGACUCUCAGCUCUUCAGCCCCAUCCCGCUCAGGAAUGCUCUACCACAGAACACCAGGAGUCCCCCCAGAGCCCAGCCGCACCAGACAUCCAUCAGAAGGAUCAAGAGAUGACGACUCUGUAUUAAGAGAUGGAAGCGUGGAUUCAGAUGCUUCCGAAGAUCUUCCAAAAACCCACUCCACCCCUGUCACACCCGCUUCCGGUCCUCGCAUAACACAACCUCGUGGUGAAGAGACGCCGGACAGCGGUGUGAAGAUGACAAACUUUGCAGAGAGAAAGAAGAAGCUGGUUCCAGAACAGGUACGGCCCAGUGAGCCAGAGGCACCACAAAUGACAACGUGGGCCAAGAAAUCAGAGGAGAGUCCCAGUAAGAGUCCUGCUCUCAGCACUGAAAUGUCAGAGCUAGGGGCCAGGCUGGAGGAGAAGCGGAAGGCCAUAGAAGCUCAGAAGAAACGUAUUGAAGCCAUCUUUGCCAAACACCGGCAACGGCUUGGAAAAAGUGCCUUCCUACAGUUAAAGAAGGAGCAAGAGGAUGGAGAUGGUGAAGAAGGACAUCAUGGGGGUGGCAGUGCCACCUCCGUAGAAGACGACCUUAGCCGUUUAGCACUGGAGGAGAAACUGGCACGUUUGGAGAGGGAGGAACAGCAGGAGGAGCAACAGGAGGAACAGUUGAACAAGGGCCCAUUAGUAGAAGAAGCGGGGAAUGUUAAGCCUUCUGUCAAACAGGACAAGCAUGGAGAGAAACAAAAACCUGAAGUAGAAACUCCUGGAGGGAAAGGCACAGCCCCACUGGGUGAAUAUAACAAUGCUGUUUCUAAACUAAGUGCUGCACUCAGUUCUCUUCAAAAUGAUAUGCAGCGCCUCUCAGAGCAGCAGAACCAGCUGAUGAAGAAAAAGGCAACUCCUACCAAGCAGGCUUGGGUCAUCCCACCCAGCUCCAAACCUUCAACGACUACACCUCGUUUGUCAAGAGAGUCCACUCGUGAACUUUCUUCAGCCACCUCCUCUCCUUCCCCCUCUCGAAAGAUUUCAGGUCACACCGGUCCCCCAAAAUCGCCUGGAGCCCAUCGUAGGGCACAGUCUGCACCUCCGAAGAGCCCCAAAGUGCAUCACCACCCUCGACCUGCAGAGCUCAAGACACCCAUUUCCACUCGAGUCAUAACUCCUCCUCAAAGUGUGGACAACAUUCCUCAUUUACGAAGAGUGUCUCCAUGGCAAUGCAGGGAUCAGAACUCGUCCUCCUUCAGCAUAGGUACACCCAGUCAGAGUGAGUCCCGCUCUGCCUCAUCCCUGGCCAGACCAGAGGAUAAUUUCUCAGACACAGGCUCCAGUGAAGACCAAACCAUCUUCAGUAUGGACUUAGAUGGUGGAUCCUCACAGGUUCUGCCCCGAAAGGAGCGUCAGGGUGGUGGCAGCAGCUCAGGAGCUCCUUCUGAGUGCUCUUUUGAGAGUGAUAUUCCUGUAGCAGCUCUCAACGGAAAGCGUGGUAGUCUUAUCGAGAUAUCAUUGUCAUCUCUCAAAGCAUUAGAUGGGGAAGAGGCAGAUCAGAGCCAAGAUAUCUUCUCAGACUCUAUGAGCGACCAAACAGAGCCAGAAACAAGGGGUGGAGUUGGAUUCUUCUUUAAGCAGGAUGAAGCUCGACCAGAGGAUGAGAUGGAGAAGAGAAGAGCCGCAUUACUUGAGAAACAACAGAAGCGAGCAGAGGAGAUGAAAAGACGAAAACAGGAACAAGAGAGAGAAAGGGAGGCAAGCAGGUCAUCUUCAGUGGAUGAGCCUCGCAGAGGAGAGGAGAGACCCCAGACACCUUCUACUCCCCCACCUCCCCGCACCCCUCCACCAGAGGGCACUCCUCAGCGGCGUGGUGACUUCACCCGCCAGGAAUAUGAACGGCGGCACCAGCUGAAAAUAAUGGAGGAUCUAGAUAAAGUCCUCCGCCAGAAACCCACUACUGUCAGAGGGGUCAAGAAGCAGAGGCCCAAAACUGUGUUUAGAGAUGACUCAGACCUCUCCCGCAGCCCUGCCAAAGGGUUUAUGGGUUCAAGACUAAAUAAAGUUUACUCCCAUUCAACAAUGAAUCUCUCCUCCAUGGCCAAUGACAGUGGGACAUUAACUGUCAGAAAAUCUCCAAGUCGUUCUCAUUCACCUUCCAGACUGCUGUCUCCAGGACGUCUUGCUGCACAGAAUGGGGACUGGGAUAAUGCAUCUACUAUUUCAUCCCCAGCCUCUAUCCCAGAAUACACUGGACCUAAACUCUACAAGGAGCCAAGCUUCAAGUCCAAUAAGUUCAUUAUCCAUAAUGCCAUCUCGCGCUGUUGUUUGGCAGGAAAGGUUAACGAACCACAGAAAAACAAGAUUGUAGAGGAAAUGGAGAAAAGUGCUGCAAACCAUUUCCUCAUCCUGUUCCGGGACGCCAGCUGUCAAUUCCGGGCAGUUUACACCAUGAACCCUGAGACCGAGGAGAUGGUUCGGCUCGUUGGUAUUGGCCCACGAGUAAUCAGUCCCAUCAUGGUGGAGUCGAUCUACAAGUACAGCUCUGACCGCAAGCAGUUCACAGCCAUCCCGUCCAAAACCAUGUCCAUGAGUGUGGAUGCCUUCACCAUUCCCAGCCACCUCUGGGAGCGCAAGCGCCCGGGAACCCCAAAGAAGCUCGGGACCCCAAAAUAAACCUUGCUGCAAAUACCAACAAUGCCCGAGCUGGCCACGUCACGCCAGGUUUCUGUCCCGUCUUUAGUAGAGAUGCAGGGACACGGGGACGUGCUUGCCAGAUGAAAAAGUGGGAUAACAAAUAAAACAGGCCCUAAUACAGAAACCCUAAAAUGAAGUGCCCUCAGAGGUGACCGUGCAAAGCCUCUUUGCGCAUAACUACAGGUCAGGUUACAAAGGUCUGUUCAUAAAACUCCAUUGCCAUUUUCUUCAGGUAACUCAAGAGAUCUCAAGUCAUGUUUAGAAGAAAACAAUACUCAGCGUUUCAACUUGGCGAAUCUUCCAUUCUCGUUAUUUAAGUACCAUGAAUGUCCCCCACAACGCAAAUAAAAAAAAGAAACGCUCCUUUUGUUUGCUCAUUGAGCCUAAAGGUUUGAUGUGUGAAAGGAUGCCGCGGAUGAAAUCAGAUCUUUGAUGAAUGUAGGGCACAAACCAACACAAGCCUUCUUAUCGUCUGUUCAUUGUCAACAGCCUCUCAGUCUAACCUGACUUGACUGUUGAAUUGUAUUACAAAUGGGCGCAGCAACUUAACCUUUAUGUGACGUUAUAAGAAAAAGUCCCCUGCUGCUGUGCGUUUCGUGUCUGUCUUGCUCUAACGAAAUAACGAAACCGCCCCGUUAUUCUGCCUUCCUAAAGUCAGUCAUAGACACCUGGAUGUUUGUUUUCUUACUUGGGAACUAAUCGAACUGGAUCUCUCAAGCUUUUGGAACUCAGGAGAGAGCAUGUUGAAGAUCUUUCCUCCACUCUUGCUUUAAUUAAGAAUGAAUGAAAAAAGAAGCAAAAAGAUGCCAGAACGUGCUUUCGAUUUCCACUUAUAUAAAAAAGAUGAAGGAUGUCUUUGUAUUCUGUUUAGCUGUACCUGAAAUAAUAAUAUAAGAAAAAAAAUUCCAAGGCUGAUUUAAUAUACUGUAUAUUUGAAUGCUGAAUUCUUUCCUUUUUUGACGAUGAUUUGUAUAUUGUGGAGAUUUGUAAGACAUGAAUAAGCUACCCUGCUGCUUCACUUGUAGAGCUGGAUGUGCUGGUGUGAAUGGGAGUGUGAGCGGGACGGAAUGAGACAAUAAACGCAAGUCUGAUCUUGAAUCUCGCUUACGGACCUAGAGCUGAGUGAACAAGUGGUCUUGUUUGGUGAAAUUAAAUGUACACACUGAAAUGUGACAUACCAAUAGCAAGAAACUCUUAACAGAAAGUGAAUGAUUGGGCAGAUGAGCCGCCUUUCUAAUGAAGGUCUAUGAAUUGUCUUCAAACUGUCUAACUUGGCCUUAUUGGUUUCUUGAAUGGCUCUAGUUGUCUUUUUGUAAAGAAAAUAGUGGCAUUUAAUCUGUUCCUCCUCAUCAAAGCACUAAAAGAGCUGAUUCGGUUAGGCUGCCGUCUCCUGUCGAGAAUCAGACUAACUUUAUGUACAUAUUUUUGUAAAGAGCAAAAAAAAAAAAAUCAUUUUUGAAAUGGUUGAAUGAUGUUUCUGUGUCAAAUGAGUGGGAGUUGUGUAGUCUGCAUGUGAUUGUCUGCUGGGUGGAACGUGAUGGUUUAACGUAACUGGAUUCUGUGCAAUUUUGUAGUAUGUUAGGUCACCUGAGGUGUAUUUAUUUGGGUAAGGAUGAGCUAGAGUUUUCUGUGUAGUCUCAGAUUUAUUAUUUAUGUUCUGGCAAUUGUGGUGAUUCACUCGUUCAUUUCAGAAAGCACAUUGAUGUUUUGUAUAUUUUCCUUUUGCUGUUUCCAUGUUCAUGUCGGUAGAUUUUGUUUUCUCCUAAGUUCUUUUGAUUAUGGAUCAUUCCCAUCUGACAGGAUUAGAAAAAUAAAAUCAUUUUUAAAUAAUCUCAA